GGACCCCAAGUCCAGGCAGAAGGAGCGGCGGGCAUCUCGUCGUCCAGGCAGAAGGAGCGGCGGGCAUCUCGUCAUCGCGGCCGUCGGCGCACGUGACCAAGGCAUCAGUCUCGUUCCGGAAACGAACCCGAAUAUAGUGGACAACAAAACACAUUCCAUCGUCCGGCUUUGACAUGGAAUCCACUCGCUUUGAAAGCCUCGCUGCCAAGUUGCAGAAGCACGAGCAAUGCGUGGCGCAGUCCGAUCUAUAUACCCACACAGUUACGCUCCUCCGGCCACUAAAGUUCACCAUGAUCCGGUGUUUGGCCUUGGGCUCGCCCACACAAGAGUUCCAGGCCCUUUAUCAAUUGGCUUACUUGAAGCUGCUCGCGUCCAGUUGCAACAUAGAAGCAAAAAACAUCUCAUGCUAUGAUCCUGCUUUCCUGGCCGAGGACACACAGUUCUUGGCCAAUGCACUAGGGUAUGUUGUGGAGGCGCCAGAAGAGUACUGUCCGGGCCCUGAGACCACCGGCAGCACGCUAUAUUAUAUGCCUCAUGCGCCUCGCACGCUCACAGAGUCCGUUUUGGCGCAGCACAGGCCUCGCUGGCUCUUGGCCAACGACUUUUCCGUGACGAUGGGCACGCUCACCAAGGCCAGGUUCCUCCAAGAAUGCCCAACCCUCGCGACCCUCGUGCAUUUGUUUGACCAGAACACUGCGCAAAAGCUUGCCGAACCUGCGCAAGAAGACGGCUUCGUGCGCGUGGUGUCGAGAAAAAGACGAAGCCGGCCACGCAAAAACGUCUACGUAGAGCCCGAGUUGGAGUACGACGUCCCGGGGAAGUACUUCCGCGAUGUGCACAUCAGCCGCAUCAAGGCGGACGCGGGGGCGCCGUGGAGGGACUCGUUCAGCGACUUGGCGCUCAACGUGGUGGUGCCCAAGGAAAAGAAAUAAUAGUACAAUUUUCGUGUAGUAGGAAGUCCAGCGUGUAGACCGCUCAGUGCAUGCGCGGCUUUUUCGCCGAGGGCUCCAAGGUGUCCAUGGGGUCAAUGAUGCCCUGGCCCAACGGCGGCGUGGGCGUGAUGUUGGGGAUGGCCUGCGGCAUGGCCACUUGCAGAGGCCCCUUCGGGGUAAGGCCGGCAAAGUCGGGCACCGGCGGCAGGUCAAGGAACUCCAGCUUCGGCCCGAGGAG